UCCUGCAGCUCGGGCUCCCUGUCCUGCUGCCCCAGCAUCCUCCUCCUCAUCCUAUGGUGGACCUCAUCCUGCCCUACCCGCUCCUGGCUGCCAUGGGGGAUCAGCCCAAGAAGAAGCCAGGCCUGGCGGUGUGUGUGGGCUGCGGGAGUCACAUCCUGGACCAGUACAUCCUGCGGGUGUCCCCGGACCUGGAGUGGCACGCUGCCUGCCUGAAGUGUGCGGAGUGCAGCCAGUACCUGGACGAGAACUGCACCUGCUUCGUGCGGGACGGCAAGACCUACUGCAAGCGGGACUACAUCAGGUUGUUCAGCACCCGGUGCCCCAGGUGCCAGGGCACACUGCCUCGCUCCGAGCUGGUAAUGAGGGUCGGAGAACGAGUCUACCACACCGAUUGCUUCCGAUGUUCGAUCUGUAGUCGACGACUCCUUCCAGGAGAAGAAAUCAGCCUUCGAGACCAGGAGCUAUUGUGCGCGGCAGACCAUAACAUUCCAGACACUGGCAGAACGUCAUCGCUUAGGUCUCAUAUCCACAAGCAGACAGAGAAGACCACAAGAGUACGGACAGUUUUGAAUGAGAAGCAGCUACACACUCUACGAACGUGCUACGCAGCCAACCCCCGACCAGAUGCCUUGAUGAAGGAGCAGCUUGUUGAGAUGACUGGUCUUAGCCCUAGGGUGAUCCGUGUCUGGUUUCAGAAUAAGCGUUGUAAAGACAAGAAGAAAUCCAUUCUCAUGAAACAACUUCAACAACAACAGCAACUAAAUGACAAAACUAGCCUUCAAGGGUUAACAGGCACACCACUCGUAGCAGGAAGUCCCAUCCGCCAUGACAGUGCUGUACAAGGCGCCGCAGUGGAAGUACAGACCUACCAACCUCCAUGGAAAGCACUCAGUGACUUUGCAUUGCAGAGCGACUUGGAACAACCCGCAUUUCAGCAGCUGGUAUCUUUCUCAGAAUCAGGUUCUCUGGGUAACUCUUCUGGGAGCGAUAUCACCUCUCUGUCCUCUCAGCUUCCAGACACCCCCAACAGCAUGGUCCCCAGCCCUGUGGAAACGUGAGAUCUUCACACUGGGACUGAGCAGCAUGGAUCCUGCAUGAUUCCCCUUGACACUACAAACUGAGAACAAACCCCAAGCACUAAUUCUGCAGGAACCUCCUUCUUAUCUUCAGGGCUGUGCAUCAGUCUGGA